AUGUCCGAAACGGCGCCUCUUGCAGCUCCUGCUGUCUCUGCUCCUGAGGCAAAAGCUUCCGCUACAAAACCGAAGAAGGCGGCAGGAGGCUCUAAAGUCCGCAAACCCUCGGGUCCCAGCGUGACCGAGCUGAUCACCAAGGCGGUGUCCGCUUCCAAGGAGCGCAAAGGGCUCUCUUUGGCCGCUCUUAAGAAGGCUCUGGCCGCCGGGGGGUACGAUGUGGAGAAGAGUAACAGCCGCAUCAAAGUAGGACUCAAGAGCCUGGUAAGCAAAGGUACGUUGGUGCAGACCAAAGGCACGGGCGCCUCUGGCUCUUUUAAACUCGGCAAGAAACCGGGUGAGACCAAGGAAACGCCACUCAAGAAAAAGCCAGCGGCAAAGCCUAAGAAACCAACUGCCAGGAAACCCGCCAGCGCCCUCAAGAAACCCAAAAAGGCUGCGGCUGUGAAAAAGAGCCCGAAAAAAGUCAAGAAGCCAGCAGCUGCCGCGGCCAAAAAAACAGCCAAGAGCCCGAAAAGGGUUAAAGCAGCUAAGCCCAAGAAGGCAGAUAAGAGCCCGGCUAAGGCCAAAGCGGUGAAACCCAAGGUGGCCAAGCCCAAGCCCACCAAACCUAAAGUAGCAAAGGCUAAGAAGGCAGCACUCAAGAAGAAGUAAAGACUCCCCCCCUCCU